AUGUCAUUGCUGAAUUCGGACAGUGAGAAUGUGCAAACAACGACGGAAUCGUUCUCUCUGGAACAUGAAGAGAACAAUUCCGACACAAACGCACUUGCAAUUCUCCAAUAUCUGACCUGUCCGAGCUGUCAGGAGGUUCUCGCCGACCCUGUCACAUUUCAAUGCGGGAAUUCGCUGUGUCGUGAUUGCAUUCCCAACCCAUCGCAGUUCUCAAAUCAAUGUAAAUGUCCUAUCUACGGAUGUGGAAAAUAUCAUUCACUUGAUUGUAAAACGGAUGUAACCUUGCAGAAAUUAACCGAUAUAUGUCGAAAAGAAUUGGACACACUUUUGCCCUUAAGAGAAUCGAGGCAAACCAUACUUCAAACGGAUAAUAAUACAAAUGACAUAUUAGACGUUGAAAGAAAAGGGUUUCAAUUAUUGGAUGAAUUUCAGAACAUUUACGAACCCAAGGAAGAAAAUAGUACAAUAAUGACAACAUCAAAGUCAAGGAUAUCCGACCUGGUGAAUUCCAAUGAUUUUGGAGGUGGCGCAGUAACGGAAUUACGGUCGGGUCGGAUGAGCCAUUACAGGUCAAUGACGACGACGCAUUUCGAUCUAAGGCAGAUUAAGGAUUUAAUAGUGACGGAAUUAGAUUGCCAAAUAUGUUGUUCCCUAUUCAUAGAUCCGAUCACGACACCUUGCGGUCAUAGCUUUUGUAAAUCUUGCUUGACUCGUUCCCUGGACCAUAAUUCCGCCUGUCCGUUAUGUCGGAAUCAGCUUCAUAAUUAUAACGCUUACUUGCACCAUCCCAUAAACAAGACGAUAUACACCUUCAUAAGGGCAUUGUAUCCUUCAUUGUACGCGGAAAGGAAAUUCGCGUUGGAGAAUGAGUUCUUUAACACCACGCAGGAAACUCCCAUAUUUGUCACGGCCCUGGUCUUUCCGAAAAUGCCAUAUUUUCUUCACGUGUUUGAACCAAGGUAUAGGUUAAUGAUUCGAAGGUGCAUGGAAUCACGUAAAAGGCAGUUUGGGAUGGUAUUAACGAACGGUACGUCGUAUCAUGAUUAUGGGACAAUGUUGGAAAUAAGGUCCGCAGAAUUUUUAACGGAUGGUCGCUCGCUCGUCGAAACGAUUGGAACGUAUAGAUUUAAAGUUGCCGAAAGGGGUUCCAAGGAUGGAUACGAUGUGGGACGAAUCGAGCGAAUCGACGAUAUCAGUCCCGAGGAGGAGGAAAGGAUCGAGAGGGAAGAAUUGAUGCGUGCCCAAAUUCACAACAGCAACCCUAUAAAUGUUCCAAAACGGGAGUACACGACCUCAGAGUUAAUUGGUAUUUCACGUGAUUUCAUCGAGACACUUCGUAAUGGUAACGCACCUUGGCUUUUACAACGACUUAAUUCGGUGUAUGGAGAUAUGCCUGACGACCCGUCGGAUUUCUCAUAUUGGGUCGCCUCC